UGAUCUGGCUGAUGCAGUGUGUUUCGGCGAUAUUGAUUCCCUUGGCACUCCUCCAUCGGCAUCCUUAUGCCCACCCACACCAAUGGUUGCGAAUACUACGGACCAUCCAUCUUCUCACGACUCAGCUGAAUCUGCAACAGCCGAAGUCUGGUCCGAAGACAGUGUCUCCCAGUUUCUCAUCUCUUUGAACGAAACCACACCAAACAUCAUUACUUUUUCAAUCGCUCUACUUCUACAACUUGGCCAACUAUCGUCAAUAGCUUGGUCUAACAAGUUCGCCGCUGACUUUGUGUAUUUAUACGAUUGUGUGCGUGACAGUUUUCCAAGGACGUUAUCCCAUCCGAAAGAGUGUCUGACUAACAUCGAGGAACCGGUGGACCAUUGGGAUUUAACGGAUGUUGUCCUCUCUUUCGAUAUUCUUAGACUUCGAGUACCACCGGACUUAGCUUCAUUGACCCGCUUACAUGUUCGUUACGUUGAACUGAGGUUGGAACAAUUGGAACGCUUCUUGGACCGCCAUGCUUCGGAUGAGUCACAAAGACCACACACCUAUGUCUCUUAUCUGUUGCUGAAUCAGAGUAAAUUCCGGCAUGUCGAGCGAACCACUAUCCGACUCCUCUACUGA